UAUUGUUAGUAGAUCAGCUCAUCUACACACGUCUGCCAGACGCUCGAACACACCCCACGGUCACAUGACUCAGCUACCUGUCUGUGGAGCAGGCGAAGGCCUAGAUGAUAUCCUACUGAACUUUUUCCAGCUUUUUCCAGCUAUGAGGGACAGACUAAGCCAUCUUCAGACAUUCUCAGCAGCAGUCCAGCAUUCAUUGAAGGAGCGGCAUGAAGAACCUCCUCAGGAACAUAACACUGACCCUGAGAUGGAGGCCAUAUUUAAUGAGGCUAAUAACAUUCGCCGUGACAUUCAGCUCAUUCUUUUGGAUGUGAAGCAUCUCGAAGAGCAGAACUCUCCUGUUUGGAAUGAGCUACCAAAUUCUAGCACUGUGAAGCACGACUCUAAUGCCAUUGCUGCUAGCAUCAAGUCCCGUGCUAAAGACGUGCUUGCACGUCUUCGCAGUAUGGAUAUGCAUGCUAGCGAGCUGGAGAAAAAGCAUGGGAUCAACAGUGCCCUUUCUCGAAUCGCACGAACACAAUAUGCUGGUUUGAGCAGCAGCUUCCGUGAUGUGAUGAUGGAAUACAACAGGGCAGAGAUGAGCCACAGGGAAAUGUGCAAAACGCAUAUCCAGAGGCAGCUGGAGAUUGUGGGGCGAGAGGUGACAGGUGAGCAGAUUGAGGAAAUGCUAAGUAAUGACCAGUGGAACAUCUUUAGUGAGAACGUUGUCACAGAGGGGAAAACAGCACGAUCUGCCCUCAGCCAAAUCGAAAACCGACACACGGAGCUGCUGGAACUGGAAAGCCGCAUAAGGAGCAUCCAUGAAGUGUUUCUAGACAUGGCUAUGCUGGUAGAAGAACAGAGCAACAUGAUAGAUUACAUACAGACAAAUGUCCAAAAAACUGAUGCAGAUAUGAAGAAUAUGCUGGUAAAGCUUGAAAAGGCCAAGAAAUAUGAUAGAAACAACCCCUUCAAGAAGAUCUUUUGUAGGAGGCGUUAAUCAACGCGUAACUGCACUGUUUAUAAUUUUUGGACUUUGCUUGCUGACUGUGACUUUGUUGUGAUUUUAUUGUGUACUGUUUAAGAGCUGCAUUUUUAAAAAUUUGCUUUGAUAUGAUAUAUUAAAUGGAGGAUAAAAUGCCCACAUUGACUGUAGCUAAGAUAUUAAUAUCGUAGAUGAGUUUGUCUUUUGAAUAAAUCAACCAAUUUUUUUUUAUAUGUCAGGCUGUAUCAAAGAUUUUCUGGAUUAAAAAAAAAAGUUUUUCCUCUCAAAUAUUUGACUAUGUAUGUGCGAAUUUUGGAGGUAAUAAAUAAAUGAUGAAUGUUUAA